AUGGCUACCAGUGCGUACGGUAUCAGUUAUGAUUUAGAAGAUAAAGAGUUUAAGCGACUGAAGUAUAUAUUAACGGACUAUCCGACAGAAAUUGCUCAUAAGAUACUGUUGUGGGAGUUCUCAGCAUUUGUUAGAUUUAUUGAUAGCAAUCAUAUUAAACAAUAUUUCAAGAAUAUCCGGGAAUUUCAAAACAAUUCAAAACAAAAACUUAUCUCUCAUUACUCGGACUAUUCGGGUGCUAUUGAGAGAGACUUUUGUGAUGCACUCAUAACCGCUAAGAAUGAGGCCCUCAGAGAGGGUAAAGAGUCGGCCCCUUAUCUCACCGAUGAUAACCUGGCGAUGAUGUCUUGCGAUUUAUUUCUCGGGGGCACCGAUACAUCACACGUCACAUUUCGAUGGAUGAUAUUAUUGAUGACAUAUUAUCCGGAAAUGCAGCGAAAGUUGAGACAAGAGAUUGAGACACAAAUCGGAGACCGAAUGCCAACACAUGAGGACAGGAAUCGAUGCCAUUAUGUCAUGGCUUUCAUCGCUGAGACAAUGAGGUUCAGGAAUGUGACGCCACAAGGAGUACCUCACAGGACUGUUCGAAAGUUGAGACAAGAGAUUGAGACACAAAUCGGAGACCGAAUGCCAACACAUGAGGACAGGAAUCGAUGCCAUUAUGUCAUGGCUUUCAUCGCUGAGACAAUGAGGUUCAGGAAUGUGACGCCACAAGGAGUACCUCACAGGACUGUUGUCAAUAGUACUCUGGUAAAUAUGGAAAUUAUGACAUAUCAGGGAAUGAUAUUACGAAAUGAUAAGUAUUGGGACAAAGGAUUUGAGUUCAUUCCCGAGCGGUUUCUGGACAGUGAGGGCCGGUAUCUAACAGUGAGGCCAAAGGCGUACAUCCCGUUCGGUGUGGGACGACGUGUUUGUUUGGGCGAGAAGUUAGCCAUCGCUGACCUCUUCCUAGUUUUGGUCACAUUUCUGCAGUCGACUCAAGACUGCGAUAUAGUCCUCGACAGUCAUAAUGAGGUAUGCUAUGGAACGACAUACGAGGUCCAGGCGGAUAAUAAAAUAGAACUCCCUGAACUAACCAAACCUACCCUAACCAACCCUAUCUAA